AUGGCCAAGGCUACCUCCUGGAUGCGUGGGGUCACCACUCCUGAUUCUCAGUAUUCAGAACCUGCUGGUGUAUUUGUUUUAGAAGAAUGUCAUGUAAGACUUGAUGAGAAUCCCGAUAUCCCAUAUGCUUUCAGUUUAAUUUUUCAGCAUGAUGAGGUAGGUCAACAACUGGGUGCAGCAUCUGAAGGGGAGAGAGAUUCAUGGAUUCAGUCUCUUCAUAUGGCAAGCUUUGAAUACAUGAGAUCUCAGUUAUCAUCCUUAAAAGAAAAGCUGAAACAACUUAAAGGAUUGGAUGACAAUGAUAUAUCCCAAAUUUCUUCUAAGCGACAAAGAAGUUUCACCUCUGAUGCAAGUUACGAUCCACAGCAAUAUGAGCCUUUUAUGGAACUCAGUAUAUGUUGUGACAACCUUAUGUGUGAUGGUGAUGGUCAACCACCUAAUCCUUUAGUUAUUGUGGCUGUGAAUACCCAUCCAUCUGUAAAAUGGCAGAAGUUUGCACAGACUGAAAUUGUAGAGAAAUCUAGUAAUCCCUGUUUUUUUACAACGGUGACUUUUGUGAAAGGAGAAGUGUCAGAACUCACAAGAAUUAAACUUUCUGUAUAUGAUAUUAAGGAAAGAGUUACAUGCACAAGUACUCUUCUUGGAGAAUCAGUUUUCACUCUUGAUACACUAUUGCAAAGUCAUCAUCGUACGUUGCGUCUCACAUUAGUUUCACCAUCUUGUGCUAGUGUUGGCUUUAUUUCUAUUGCUGCUCGAGAAAUGACAAAUACUAAGCAAAGAAAUGCAUGGUUAUUACUAGCUGAAGAAGAAUCAUUAUGGUCUAAA